GGGGCCUGCAGCGCCAUGAGGGGCGGCGGCCGGGGAGGAGGGGGCGGCGGGAGGGGGCAGCAGCAGCAGGCCCGCGGGGCCGCGGCGGCGGGGGACGGGGCGGAGAUCCCGCAGGCCUCGCGGAAGCUCGUGCAGGGGCUCAAGGGGAUCCUCGCCGACCGCACCGAGGCCGAGAUCUACGCCACGCUCCUCGACUGCGCCAUGGACCCCGACGUCGCCGUCGAGCGCCUCAUCUCCCAAGAUCCCUUCCAUGAAGUGAGGAGAAAGCGUAGCAACAAAAAGGAGGUAAAAGCUCCUCAGGAAACAAGGUCUCGCCCCUUCUAUAAACCUGCAUACCGAGGUUCUAAGGUUGGCUCGGAUCGAGGUGGACGUGUUUACUCUGGUCCGGGAGACUCAACUGCUAGCGCUAAAGGUCCUAUCAAGAAGGAAACAGAGUUACUUCCGCCACCAAACACAUCAACCUCUGAUGCUGUCAAGGAUAGCAAUCCUAUGGAAACAAUUUCAGAAGCUGGUAAUUUAGCUGAUGCGAAGUCUACCAGUUUCCAGCCUCCGCAAGUGCAGCAUGGUUGGGGUGGGGUGCCAGGGCGCCCUUCUUUGGCUGAAAUAGUGAAGAUGGGCAGGCCUCAAGCUAAAUCUGGGGCCAGACCGGUUGCAAAUAAUGCUGCCAAGCCAGUUGGUGGUUCAGUCGCUGCCAAUGCAAAUCUUAACACAGUUUUGCCGUCAGAAGGGGACCGUGUCACAGCUGAGAAAUUACCAAAUGGCACUAUUCAGUCCCCCUCUGUACCUAAGGAGGACUCUGUUGGCAUAUUACCUCCAGGACAGGGGUCUGAUGUGCCAGAAGGCAUUGGUGCUGCUUCCGCAAAUGUGAGCGCACCAAGAUCAUUUACCCUGGAGGUCAAGAAUGACGACGCUGGAGAUGCCAACGAGCAAACUAAGGAGACAAGUGGAAGCAAUGCCACUGGCCUAACAUCUCCAGGACCAUUAUCCCCGUCUGAUAAAGGCACGAUCUUGAAUAAUGACUUGAUAGAGAAAACAGAUGUCUAUCUCUCUGAUGAACAUUCAUUUGAACACAACCAAAAUGCAGAUUCAAAUGGUGAUAUGUCUACUACAGCGUAUGAGUUGGAACACUUGACUAUACAUGAGGAAAACAGACCAAAACCAUCUGAUGAUAACCCAGCUGUAAUAAUCCCAGGCCAUCUUCAGGUUUCCAAUGCAGAUUUUGCGCACUUGACAUUCGGUAGUUUUGUGUCUGGGACACUUGAUGCGCCAUGCUCCAUGAUGCCUGCCAAUAGUGACGUGGAGGUCGCAGCAGUUCCUGAUAACCAGUCAGGGGACCAAUGUGAUGCCAGAAUCCACGAAUUUGAAAACAAGGAGACAGUAACUCCUGCAGCCAACGAGUACAUUGCUUCUGCACCAGAUAGUAAUGCAGAGAAUCCUGAUAUUACAUCAGCACAACAGUCUGAAGUGGGAAGAGCUGAUUCACUGGAUGUUACAAACAACACCGAAUACAAUUUAUCAUCUGAUUAUGCCACGUCAAGUGCAGUACAACCAGAGCCUACCGUGCAGACUUAUCUGCAGGACAAUCGUCAAAUGCAAAACAUUUCUCCCCUCUCUAACUUCAUGCAAGGAAAUAUGCCAAAUGGCCUAUUGCCACCAGCAAUACCGCCUUUCCGUGAGUUGGAUCCAGCAUUCUCGCUGCUGCUUACUAACCCUCCAUUGGCUACAAUGGUUCAUGGUACACCACAAUCGUCCGUGAACAAUGCAACUGUUCCUUCACAGCCACAAGAGAAUGUUAAUCAAGGUGGUUUAUCCAACCCACAGUUGACCCACUCUCAGGGAAGCACCGGCAUUGCUCCAGGUCCUCCUUUGCCUCACCAUCUUGCUGCGCUUCAUCCUUAUGCUCAAGGAGGUCUUCCCCUUGGAUAUGCAAGCAUGAUCGGAUACCCAUCUUUACCGCAAAGCUAUGCGUAUCUCCCGCCUGCUGCCUAUCAGCAACCAUACAUGAACAGCGGUCUAUUCCACCAAGGCGCAGCUGCAGCUCCCAACUCGGGCGUAAAAUACCCAAUGCCACAAUACAAGAGCAGUGUUCCUCUUGGGAGCCUUCCACAGCCAGCCUCGAUGCUCUCCAACUACGUUGGAGGUUUCGGGACUGCAAAUGGCAUGCCUCAAAACUUUGCCCUGAACCAAAGCAAUCCGUCGGCAACCACAGCUCCUGGGUUUGAUGGAGCAAUGCCCUCCCAAUACAAGGAUGGAAACCCCUACAUGUCUCUACAGCAGGGCGAGAACCCUGCAAUGUGGAUGCAUGGAGCUGGUUCGCGAGGAAUGCCGCCUCUUGCUGCCAACCCCUUGUAUGGCUAUCAAGGGCAGCAAGGCUACCAGGGGCAGCAGGGCCAUCAGGGCGGCCUUAGGCAGGGGCAGAUGCCGUCGCAGUACGGCGCAGCGCUCGGGCAGUCGCAGCCAGGCCUAGGACCUGAACACCGAAACCCCAGCGACGGAAACUUGAGUGCUGCCGCCGCCGCCCAGGCUAACCAAAUGUGGCCGAAUGGCUACUGAUUCAGCACCCCCCCUUGUCAGCUGUCCUGAAUAGAGAUAUAGAGUUGGUAGCUACUGUGAAAUUUUGGAAAGAGGCCCGUGAGAUGUGUUCCAACAUGUUCAACCUGUAGUGUUUCCUAGGGACCUCGGCUGUAGCUCAACUUGUUUAUUUUCAGAUCAGAUAGAAAAGAACGGUUUAUUGUCUGUCUGUCUGUU